AUGGUCGAAGAUGACACAACCCCAGGACAAAUCAGUCUUUCAUUGGAUGAUCACAACAUUAUAGACUUUGACCCUGGAAAUGAGGUCCUUCCCAGCCCAGUCUUAUCGGAUGCAAGCAUGACCAGCAAUGUCCAACCUCAGCCUGCGCCCAUUGAUUAUGGCCGUCAAACACUCUACCAAUCCUUUGAUGAGUUUGGCAUCGCUCCUGAGAUGCAAGCACUUCCUGCAGAUGAAGCACUGUGGCGUCCGUUCCGGUCACGCAGAGAUUUCGAAUUUUCUGAAAUUGCUCUUGAUGCUGCUCUCAACAAACACCAGAUUGACAGGCUACUUAGCCUCAUCGCCCACAUAUCGCAGGGUCAAACUCAAAUCACACUGACAAAUGAGACCGAUCUGCGCAUGUUACGCUGA